CAAAUUAUUCAGUUUAGAAAGAUAUGCAUUCGAAUACAAAAAAUCCCAAGUACAAAACGAAUUGUGGCAAUAAUAAUGCAGAAGAGGGCGACUACGAAGAAGACUUCGAAGAUUUGCGUACCUCAAAAAGAAAGAACAAGAAGCUGCCUCAAUUAUGCAUCGACAUUGAAAUGGACCAAAGCGUCCAGAAUUUGUUGUCUUCUCCUGAUCAGUGUAAUUCAGCCCUGCUUGAUGUGACAAUCAUCAAACCAGCGGGAGCGGACAACCAGUCUGCCAUAGAAACUAACAUUAUGAAAGCUACUCAAGUUAGAAAGUUAUUGACUACAAUGGAUCGUGAAAAACGCGAUAAGAAACUCAUUAAAGAACUUUUCGAAGACAAAGCACCAUCUGAAGACACUAUUAUCAGGAUACAUAAGCACAACCCCCGACGAAAAAUGCAAGCAGUGAGCGAAAUUUGUCAUGAAAAUACGAGGGAGAGGAAGUUUUUGAAAUCUCAGUUCCAUAGGCCUAUAAAGCCGAAAAAUAUGUGUUCAAGUGCACCUGUAGAUACCUCUGGCCGGAAACAAAUGUUCAAUCAUUGCUACUCUCCAGGGGUGCUUCAAGUUUCGCCAGCUAUCGGUGAAAACUGUUCCAAAGUACCUUCAGAUGAAUCUUUUACUGACAACAUUGAACCACCACAAAACUUCAAGUGUGGGGACCAUAAAAAAGCUCAACACGUGUAUGCUGCCCCCAGAACAUUCAAGGAUUUGAAUUCCAUUAUAACAUGCCAAAGUAUGAGUAAGGAUGAUCGAACCCCAUGUCUUUGUGAUCAUUGCGGAAUUGCGAGUCUCCUGAGCGAAACACAAAAGCGUCCUAUCAUAACUGCACCAGUGGAACAUGUAAGUGAUUUGAGGAGAAGGAUGAACAGGAAAGAAUACAAGGAGCAAUCGAAACACGAGUACAGAAAAAGGAAACCUGAUGUUCCUUACACCUGCGAAGAUAAGUCGAGUUUCCAAGCUGGAUUAGCGCAUUUGUACGAGAGAGUCAAAGUGUUAGAAGAAAGAAUGGAUAUACAGGAAGAGAGAGCUGUUCCCAAAGACUAUUUCAAACGUAUCAUCACGAAAAUUAUAUCACAUUUCUCUCCCAAAGAUUCCUACAGAAAUGAAAAUUUUCAGCUACGUGACUCGGAUUCUAGCUCUUACGUUGUCCAACCGCGUUACCAAAAGAACUAUUCUGUGAAUACAUUAUUAGUUGAUAGGAAUGCGAGUCAAAAGGGUGUGAACGACAAGUCAGAUAACCAUGAAAAUCUUAAGAAAUUAUUGAGCGAUCUCACAGAGAACAUGCCAGAAAGUAGAAAGACUGAAUUUGCUGAAAAUUUCUGGAAAUGGGGUGGAGAAAUACUCAAACCUGGUGUUGAUUUGAAGAACAAGAUUCUGUCGUUACUAGACAUGACUAAAGAAAUGCAGAAGUUGGACGGGAAAACGGACAAUCGUCCGAAAACUCAAGAAACUUCGAGAGAAAUGAAAAAAUUGAAAAAUUCUAGCAGUAAUCGCUCCCUUCCAGAUAGUAAAGAAUUCAAUUCUGCAGCUUUCAAGAGUUUCGUUGAAGCGAUGUCAGCUAAAAUAUACAAGUCUCAAAAAAGGGCGAAAGAGGAGGAAGAGAACUGCAAAACAAGACUGGACAUUGCCAAGUCCAGCGCCCAGACUAUGUCCGAUACGUCCCUGUAUAAGAAACCUCAUAGAGGAGAAAAAGAUUCGAAGACACAGAAGAAGUCUAUGAUUCCGAAAAUUACCAAGAAAGAGAUGAAGUCCAACAGUGACAAAAAUAAGGACCAUGAGACGGGAAAGAAAGUAAACGUUUCCUAUUUGAAUCCGAAAAUGUCGACUUGGCAAGAGGAGGAAUCGCAAAUCUCCUUUAGAUUAGAGUUCUCUGACGCCGACACAAAUACUCGGAGUAAUAAAGACUCUAAAAAUAGAGAUCUAGAAAAGCUGGAGUUUUUAAGAACUCUAUCAAGGACUAAGGAUUCAGACAAAGAGCGUCUUUGGGAAAGUAUAUGGGCACAAGCUAAGGCCAACGGACAGACAAAACAAGACAAGGUAACGAUUCAGCUGCCUAGGAAGAACGGUUCUGAAUUCAACGAUAUGAUCGAGAUAGAAUUCACGAUAGGUGAAAUUGAGUACAUGCUGACGAAACACAAGUAUGCAGAUAAGAAUAAAAAAUGAAAUCCUAAAUUGUAUAUGUCUAUAUGAACACUGAGAUACAUAUUAUUUAUAUGAUAGUGUCAUUAUUUUGUUUCUUUUUUGGAUACUUUAGUGUUGUAUCGUACAUGAUGUAUAAGUAAUAUUUUUGUGAUCAAUAUUAUUUUAGUUUCAAUAAACAUGGGACUCAUUUGACUAUA